UUAAGAAUGACUCCCUCCCUCUCCUCUGUCACCCUCUCCUUCCCCAUCUCUUCCUUUCUUCUUAGACCUCAAGAUCUUCCUCAGCUGCAGGCCUUAUCGGUCUCCGAAGGUACUCCUACCCCCACAACAGCACUGGCUGCCCCUUCAGAAAAACACAACGCUCUCAACGCCGCCGACCAGCCCGGGCAUCUGCAACGUCACCCAAGGCACAACGAAGAUAUCGGCGAGAGCUCGUCGCCUGGUGAUCCAUAUGCGGCCGGGCCAUCAGCCUUGGAAAGGGAGCUACACGCCUGCCAGGAGGAAGUCCGCAGCAUGAACGUGCAGAUUCACAGGAUGCGCUACCGCAUCUCGAUGAGGAAGGUCGCCGAGGAAUGGUACCCGACGGAAAGGCGCAGCAACGAAGACCAGUUGUGGUUGUGCAAGAAGAGGACGGCGGAACUGGCAAAGCAGCACAAGAGGCUGCUUGCCGAAACCAAAGCUUCACAAUCACAGAUUGCAAAACUGAAAUCUAAGAUCGAAUCGCUGAAGAAGGCAAGACCAGCCGAGCCCUAAGCCAUCAGAAAGCUGACACAGAGAUCGUCCGUUGGCAACUUCCAGAGCAAUCUGAACUUUUAUAUUGGAUUGGCAAUCAUCAAAACCUUUCUUUCUUUGCCUAUUUCUAGUUUACAUAUACUAGUUUUGCAUGACAUAAGUAGCGUUUCCAACAGAAGCAGCUGAUUCAGAUGGUAAUGGCAUUGUUAGUAGGGCAGAGUGAGAAGAAAGCCACAGAGUGUCAGUGCAAUGUUAAACUGAUGCUUUUAUCUUAGAGAGGACAUGUUAUUGCUACGUAUUGUAAAAAGUACUUGGGAACUGAGAUUUGACUUUGA